AUGCAAGAAGGUCAGAAACUAUAGAAAUUGUCUACUCUUCCCAAGAAUUUUUCAGAUUGGCAAGUUGGAGAUGAUUAUGAAAUCAUUAAGCAAAUAGGUUCUGGAUCUUAUGGACAAGUUGUAGAAGCCUUACAAAAAUCUACAAACAAGAAGGUAGCAAUUAAAAGAUUGACUGGAAUAUUUGACGAUGAGAUUGAUUGUAAAAGAAUUCUUAGAGAAAUCAGUAUUCUUAGAGAAUUAAAACAUCAAAACCUGAUUUAAAUUAUUGAGAUUUUAGAGCCAAGUGAUCCUAAAUUCGACACAAUUUACGUUGUGAUGGAAUAUGCACAAAGUGACUUAAAAAAGUUAUUCAAAUCACCAAUACACUUAUAGUUUUUACAUAUAUAAACUAUAAUUUACAACAUAUGUGUUGGUCUUAAAUAUUUGCAUUCAGCCAAAGUAUUGCAUAGAGAUUUGAAGCCAGCCAAUGUGCUUUUGAAUGAAGAUUGCACUGUCAAAAUAUGCGAUUUUGGACUGGCUAGAAGUGUGCAAGGAAUCGAUGCCUCUGAUUAAGCAUUGGAAGAAGAAAUAGCUAGACAGCAAGAGGAACCAAAAAAGAAGGAUGAUAAAAAAGGGCCUAGAAUGCUACAAAAACAAAACAAAUUGAAUGCAAAGGCAGUUAAGAGAGAAUUAACAGGUCACGUUGUAACUCGUUGGUAUAGAGCCCCUGAAGUGAUCUUAUUGGAGAAAGAUUAUACUGCAGCCAUAGAUGUUUGGUCGGUAGGUUGUAUCUUUGCAGAAUUAUUAAAUAUGAUGAAGGAGAAUGCCCCAACAUUUUUAGACAGAGCUCCUCUAUUUCCAGGAACAAGUUGUUUUCCUUUGAGCCCAGAAAGAAGUGCAAUUGCCAAAAAGGGUGGAUUCCCAUACUCUAAUACCGAUUAAUUGACAGUUAUUUUCUCUGUUCUUGGAACUCCAGGAGAAAAGGAUAUGGAUUUUGUAACUGACAAAAAAGCUAUUGAAUAUUUGAAGAGUUUCCCCAAGAAACCUAAAGUGGGCUUUGCUGAUAUUUUCCCUGGUGCUCCUCCUGAAGCAUUGGAUUUUUUAGAUAAAUGCUUAUAAUUUAGUCCAAAGUUAAGAAUAACUCUUGAUCAAGCUAUUGAGCAUCCUAUGCUUUAGAAAGUAAGAGAUAAAAAAAAGGAAAUAGUUGCUCCAGGACCAAUCAUCUUAGAUUUUGAAUAAGAAGGAGAGUUACAAAUUCCAAGACUGAGAGAAUUAUUUUUAAGAGAAAUUUCAAAAUAUAAACGUUGA